GCAGAAAUCCCUCUUAUUUUGAAAUGUUUACGAAGAAUUUAUUCCACUUCUAGCCCAAUUUUUUCUUCCAAAAUUGUUUUAUAUACCAGAUGUAAAUAUUUCACAACUGUUGUAAACCUGCAAAUCUGGAUGGCAAAGAGGCAAUGAUUACUGCAGGAGAGCCCCAGGAAUUUAUUCCAUUAGGAAGAGACCACCUGAAAAUUCACCCUGGGGAUGUACACCUGCCAACUCAACAUGUUCCUACUACACCUGCAGCCAGUAGCCAAAAUCUCACCAGGGAUUUACUUAAAGCUCUGCGAGGAGUAUCAUUAAAAGAUCAAUCAAAGGAACAGUGGUUUUUGAGAGGAAAUCCUGAUGAUGACGGAGAGGAAGAAUUUUAUUAUAAUGGUAAAACAGUUGUAUGGAGUAAAGGCAAUGGUCAUGGAGUUCGAAAAGUUCAUAAGUCAUUUACGGUGGAGAAUAUUAUACAACAGGUUUUAUGGACAGAAUUUAGAAUUCGUAGCUGCAAGCCAAGAAUAACUGAUGCUGUAAUAGAAAUGGAAGACCCUGAGCAUGAAGUGCUUUCUGGAGUUUGUAUUUUGGAAGGUUCAACAUUAUCUGUAUUUUCAAAGAGUGGUGAAGAUUUCAUUGUCUCCACUCCGUUUCAGGUUCUUAGGGCUUGGUCUUCUAAACAUGGAAUUAUAUUUGAACGCAAUACUACACCUGAUGGAAAUUUUAACCAGUCAAAAUUAAGCAAGCCAGACAAUUUGCCAGUAAUUUUUAGCAUGAUGCAUCCUCUUGAUGACAUUGCUCCUGUCAUAGGAAGAAAUAUUGUUUCAGGUUCAGUAAAACAAAUUAGCUAUUUCUGUGAUCCUUCAGAUGAAAUUGUAUUCUGUACGCCUUCACCUUCCCUUAUUAUGACAUACAACAAGGCUGGAUACCAUUCAGUAUGGAGAGUUCGUACAACAACAUUUCAGGAGGCAGAAUAUGCUUGUACAAAAUUAGAAAUGGAUUCAACUAACCAUACUCGAACGCCAGUAACAAAAGAAUCAUCUUUGUUAUCAAGAUACAAUGUCUCUCAUACUCCAACAAUGACCAUUAGCACUCCUUUUCACAGCUAUCCUUCCAGCCGCACAGCUUCUCCAUCUGUGAUACAGUCUCGUUCUUCAAAUACAUCAGCAUCUAGUCUUACACAUAUGGCUACUUUAAGCCGAUCUCAUCCCCCAUCUUUGAAUAGUAGUAUAACUCAUCCACAAAGUUUUACACCUCAUCGAGCUUUGAAUUUCCAAAUUCCUGCAUCACCUGGGAGUUGUAGUGGAGUCUGUAAAUUUAUGGAACCUUUAGCACCAGAUAUAUGCUUUGAUCACGAAUGGUCAGAGAGCAAGAGUUCAAGUCAUUCUGAAAAAGCUUCAAAAGCCUUUUUGUCAAUGGACAUAACAGGACAUAACUUCCUUUGCUACUUUCUGAAGCAACAACAAUCUUUACAGUUAGUAAAAUUUGAAGAAACAAAUGAUGACAGCCAAUGGAUCUUUGGAACAAUUAGUUACAUACCAGCACUUGAUGCUGAACCUAUCCCUGAUUUGAAUCUCAUUCUUACUGUGGAUGCUAACUAUACAUUAUCAUUAUAUACUGGUCUCACAAAGAUUUCUAAAGUUCAUGUUGCUGAUAUUUUUGGUCCAAACUGUGAUGUUCCACCUUCUCAAAAUUACAUUCCACCCACAUGUUUUGCAACCCCUAGAAGAAAUAGUCUUGUUUCUUCAACCCGACCCCCUAGUGCUGCUAGUACCAGAUUUGGAGAUGAAGUUCAAAUGUUAUCACCAGUACCCUUCGUUGCAGAAAAUCCUUCAUCUAAAACUGUUUUGAGUGAUGAAUUGUCAUUCCUUCAUGUGGGCCCUGUUAGAAGUGUUCGAGAUGCUGUCAAGAAUCGAGUGACAUUAGAAACAUCAGUAGGUUAUUAUAGGUUACAAAUACCUGAAGUUGCGACUUCAAAAAUUGUUUUGAAAUGCCUUCAAGCCUUAAAGCAUGUCUUGCCCAGGGAUAUCUAUACACAAGUGUUUGUGAAAUGGUAUUCUCAAAGGAAUGCUCCUGGUCCUUGCGAUAUGAAUUCAGAGCUGGAAUUGAAUUCCUUUCUAAUGUGCUUGCUAAACACCAUAGGUUUUGAUGUGGAAGGAAUUGUCCUUGGCAGUUUUAUGAAAGAAAACACAGCAGCACCUCAAGUGAAAAAACAAAAGACGCAUGAAGGAGGGUGUGAUGAUGAUUGGUCGCAUGUAUUGUCAAGUAAUUUGCACAGGCAAAUGUUGGAUUUGAAACUCAUAAGUAGUAGUUGCAGCAAUGGGUCUGUUACUUCUGACAACUCUCCAAGUUUCAAUGUAUCUGCAGUUCUUUUCCCAUACAUAGCCCAUCUACUUUUUGCUCUUCAUUUAGUGUAUGAGGAUUGCAAAUUGGAUGUACUAUUGUGGAAUGAUCUUGCUCAGCUAUGCAGCUUUCUUUGUGAGUUAGCCAGAGAACUUAGAGAAUAUAAAUUUUUGGAUCUUUACUGGAAGGAUUUUCCAAAUCUCUUUUGUUCUUUAAGCAAGAAGCCUGCUCUACCUGAAGAACAAGUGGAUAAAAUUCACUAUCCAAGUUAUUUUGUUAGGGUUCCUUCCAUUUAUAAAUGGACAAAGGACUGUCUUUCAACUGGUAUUUGCUCACCUUUUCCAUGCAUUCCACAGGUUACAACAAUGAUCUGUAAUAUAGUUUUGGCUUAUGCAAUUUUAGCAGCUAAUGAAAAACCUGUGCUGAACAUACAAAACUAUUUAAUUCAGAUUAUACCUCCAGGCAUCAGAAUGCAAGAAAUUAUCAACUGCAGUCUUCUUUCUUCAUGUUAUGCAAUAAACUCUAAUCCAAAGAAAGUUGCUGUUUAUUUCUUGUCCAGAAUUGGUUUCACUCCAAAAGAUUUGGAUUCCUUACCUAUUGGAAUUGCAUUACCAAUUAAAGAUGCCAUUCUACACUGCUGGCAUCAACCUUCAGGAUUGUGGACCAAGAAUACUUUUGAGCUUAUUGGGAGGCAUGAUUUAUCAGCCUUACAGCUGUCCUCCAAGAAAGGAAAUUUUAACUUACCACGUAGAAUAAAAAGUGGUGAAGUUAAAAAUGGUGCAUCUAAGGAAGAUGAGGCUCUGAGUCAUCUAGAUUUUGAAGAACUUCGUUUGCGUUUUGGCCAAGACCAUAGAAUUAAUGAUGUCUAUGAAAUGUUGCAAUCUUCAAAACCUGCACGAAUAGCAUUAGUACAAAGACCUGAAGUUAGUGAUCAUGAAUUUAUUGAAGAACAAGAACGUCACUUGUAUAAUCUUUGCAUUCGGACUAUGGCUGCAACUGUAGGAAGAGGAAUGUUUACACUAAGAACGCAUAGUCCAGUUGUUACUGAAACUUUACCUAUUCCGAAACUUUGUCUGACUGGCCGUGCGCCUCCAAGAAAUACAACUGUUGAUUUGUCUCACAUAGAUGUUCCAGCAAAUAUGAACAUGUGGCCUUUAUUUCAUAAUGGUGUUGCAGAAGGUCUAUCCAUAUCUCCUAAUGCUUCUAAGAUUGAUUCAACUUGGAUAGUAUAUAACAAGCCACGAAGUUCAAGCAAUGACACUCCGACAGAACAUGCUGGAUUUUUAAUGGCUUUAGGUUUAAAUGGACACCUAACAAGACUGUCAACGCUGAGUAUACAUGAUUAUUUAUGUAAAGGUCAUGAACUAACAAGUGUUGGCAUAAUUUUGGGUGUAUCUGCUUCAAAGCGUGGGACGAUGGAUCUCAGUGCCACAAAAAUGUUGAGCAUCCACAUAGAAGCACUUUUACCUCCAACUUCUACUGAACUAGAUGUUGCUCCAGCCGUCCAGGUUGCUUCUGUUAUGGGAUUAGGAUUACUCUACCAGGGAUCAGGUCAUCAUCAUAUGGCUGAGGUUUUGCUUGGUGAAAUAGGGAGGCCUCCUGGCCCUGAAAUGGAACAUUGUAUUGACAGAGAGAGUUAUUCUUUAGCUGCUGGCUUAGCACUUGGACUUAUCACAUUAGGAAAAGGCAAAGAGAUGUCUGGGAUUGCAGAUCUACCAAUGGCAGACCAAUUAUACCAUUACAUGGUAGGAGGACACAAAAGACCUUUGACAGGAAUACAUAAAGAAAAACACAAGUCUCCUAGCUAUCAAAUUAGAGAAGGUGAUAAUGUCAAUGUGGAUGUAACAAGUCCUGGAGCCACUCUAGCUUUAGGAUUGAUGUUUUUUGACACAGAUAAUCAGGCCAUUGCUGAGUGGAUGAGAGUGCCAGAUACUCAGUUUUUAUUAGAUAUGGUACGCCCUGACUUCCUCUUGCUUCGGGUUUUGAGCAAAGGUUUGAUUUUAUGGUCCAGUAUACAUCCUUCUACAAGAUGGAUUGAAGACCACUUACCUCAUAUAGUCGCUAAGUAUGCCUUUCAGCGUGGAAGUGGAAAUAGUGAUGUGGAUUAUGAAACUAUGAGCCAGGCAUAUUGCAAUAUCAUUGCUGGUUGCUGUUUCUGUAUUGGGUUAAAGUUUGCUGGUUCUGCAAAUAAUGAGGCUUUUGAAAUUUUAAUGCAGUAUACCAAACACUUUCUCACUAUAUCUCGGAAAUCUAUUGGUGAUCAAGCAGGUCGAAGUACCAUGGAAACAUGCCUUAAUGUUGUUGUUUUAUCAUUGGCUAUGGUAAUGGCUGGUACAGGAGAUUUGGAAGUUAUACGAAUAUGUCGCCAUUUGAGGUCUAGAAUUGGUCAAGCUUCAAGCUAUGUGUUAUAUGGAUCUCAUAUGGUAACACAUAUGGCCCUAGGACUGCUUUUCUUAGGAGGUGGAAGGUAUUCAUUGAGCACAUCUCCUCUUUCUAUUGGUGCUCUUGUAUGUGCCUUUUUUCCCAAGUUUCCUCAACACAGUAAUGAUAAUAGAUAUCAUUUGCAAGCUUUCUAUCAUCUCUAUGUGUUAGCCAUCGAACCACGUGUGAUUAUACCACGGCUUCUAGGUGCAAACAAACCAGUUUAUAUCAACAUCAAAGUUGUAUUUAAGGAUACACCAGACUACAAAGAUGCUGAAUACACUGUAAAAGCACCAUGUUUAUUACCAGAAUUGAAAUUUCUGAAAAAAGUGAUUGUUGAAGAUUCAAGAUAUUGGCCUAUAGUGUUUGAUUGCAAUGAAAAUUGGGAAACUCUCCGUAAUUUGCUUGAAAAUGGUGGUACUUUACAUGUCAUGCAGAAUGCUGGUUGUUUACCAUACAGUGAAGAUCCACAGGGAUUUCGUAGUUUACUUGCACAAACCUGCAUUUGGAAUGCUGUUCAUGCUUGGAAUAUUAAGAAUGCUCAACUAUCUACUUUUUCUUCUGAUCCAGUGGCUCUCAACUUUGCUUCCUGCUUUCUAGGCUCCACAUCUAAUAGCGAAAAAGAAAAAGAGUGGCAACAAAAAAUUUGCGGAUAUUUAUUUGAAUGUGCUUCAUUGGAAAAAAUGGAAGCUUUGCCUAUUUGUGUUUCUAUGAUUCAGAUUAUCAAGCAAACUGAUUUGAAAAGCAGAACAUAUGAACUAUGGCAAAUUAAAAUGGUAUCAGCAUAUGAAAAGUGGAUUAAACGGUAUUCAGCUGAAUAUAACGAUUCUUUGACUCUUCUGAGACAUGAAUUCAGCACUCCCAUUCUUUUUGAGAUACAGAAAACUGCUGAAAAGGCCUGCAAAGGUUUCAAAGAUCAUUUGUUUCAUUACAUUUCAACAAAUUGGAAAUCUGAAAUUUGGGAAUAUCCUCCUGACAUUGCUGCUUUUCUUUUACUUUAUGAUAUAGACGGGAUUGAAAAUUGGACACUGCAGUGCAAUUCAAGUGAUAUAAACUUUCCGUAUCUGUUCAGUGAACUUGGAAGAUCAAUGUCUGUAUCGUCUGUUAGAUCUAUAAUGUCAAUACUAAUGUCAUAAGAUGGACUUUAAACUGCAUAUGUAUUUAAGAAUUAUUUUAAUUGUUUAAAUAUGUGUAUUUUUAAGCAAUAACUUAUUUUUGUUAGUGUUUUAGUAAUUAAAAGUUGU